AUGACGCCGGCACUCAUUCUGGACCGGUUCCACACCAUUAGGGACCUCCUUCUUUCUCCUCCAUAUGCUGACAUCUUCAGUGGAAGGGUUUGUGGACAAAGAUUUCAGCCUGGCCAUCAGACACUGGAGAUUUGUCAAAAUGUUGCCGCUGAUUUUGAGUAUCUCUUCCACUAUAAGAACCAGAUUCUUAUGGACAAUGUCCCGUUUAGUACGAAGUUAAUGCCAAAGUUGAGACGAGCUUGUCAAACCAUGAAGAACGGAUACAACUAUUUUGCUGAGAUAAUUGACAGAAUUUCACAGGAAUCCAAAGAUACAAUGCCCGAUUGUCUCUACACAUUGCUAUUAAAAGAACGUGAGGAGGGAAGGAUAUCGAAUGAAAAUGUAAAAGGAGUUCUGAUGGAUGCCCUUGUUGGAGGUAUCUUCACAACAAAACCAACCAUGUACAAUGCCCUAGCUGCAAUGGUAAACUUCCCUGAGGUUCAGAAGAAGAUCCAGGAGGAGAUCCAGAGGGUGGUUGGAAAGGACCGACUUCCGGGUUUGGAGGACCGGAACAAAAUGCCCUAUACUAGGGCUGUGGAGUUAGAAUCACAUCGUUACUACACUCCUGUUAUUUACAACGUGUGGCGUGUACACAACGACGAAUCAUUUUGGGAGAAUCCCUUCACGUUUGACCCAACCAGAUUCUUGGAUGAACAUGGCGAACUGCUUCCACCAGAGGAUGAGAAGCGUCAGAGAUUGCUGACGUUUGGUAUCGGAAAGCGUUCUUGUAUUGGUGAGAAGCUGUCCCGAGUCAGGAUAUUUCUUGGACUGACGUCCAUCCUGCAAAACUUCGACCUGACUCGUGAUACAUCUGAGCCUUUCCCUUCAUCCGACCCCCGCACAUAUGAGAGUAAAUUUCUCUUACAACCACCUCCAUACAAGCUGCAGUUCAAACCGAGACUCUGA